CAAGUUACAGUUUAGCAGCUUCUAAGAUAGGCUGUGGAGCAGCUAGACUUUUACUUCACCUGGGUGCAUGCAGGCAGCCUGUACUGCUAACAAAUUAUAGCUGCAAACUGUGUGCAAUUCUUUGAGAGUACAGUGAGUGAUCAAAUAUGAUGGAAGCAGAGGAAGGCGUGGUUGAGUUGCCACUUGGGGAGGACCCUGGAGGUACACCCGAAGUCUCACCAGACAUUUCACCCAAUGCCUCUCCUGCUCACAUCCCUACUGUGACACACAACAAUGUGGUCCUCGAGGUGGCUGAUGUGGGCGAAAAGACCACUGGUAAAGAGGCCAGUGAGACGACACCAGAGGCCGAGACCACCACAGCCAUCAUUUAUGAGGUGGAACCUGUUAAGGAAGCCUUACUGUUUGUAUUUGAUCCUGCCAGUGUGGAUCCCGAGAUGGGGAAGGUCAUGGAGGGCAUUAAACAGUUGGCUGAGAAAAUGCUGUAUCACUGGAAGACAUUCCCCAUUAUCUUGCGAUCAGUAACAGAAGGUGUGUCCACAGAGGCUGGGGAGGGAGAUUCAUCUUCUAAAACGCAGGUAAGCUUCAAAGACCUAUUUGUGGCCCCUACAUUUGAUGAGCUGGAGGAAGUGAGUAAAGACGAGUCAGGGAACCAGAAGAGGCUGGUUGACAAACAGCUGCUCACCAUCUGGGACACUGGGGAGUUUGAAGUGGACAGUAUUCAUUUUAAGGGACAGGUGCAUCGUUGGCGACUGACACAGCUCCUGCAGAAGGGUUCUCGGAGGGCACGAGACACUCUGCUCAGUGAUGCUGCUUUAGCUCUUCGUCUGAUCAUCAUCACAGCCAGAAAUCGCCUCUACUCCCAUUUCUUUAGCCUGUCCAAUGGCCUCACAGGCUGGUACCAGGGCCUCUGGAAACUGCUAGACAUACUGGUGGGGAUGCCAUCCACUUCCUCUGGGAAUAUACUUAGUGAUGUCAGAGAAGAACACAUGAGAUAUUUGGUGGCAGAGCUGGACAUUACCCCCAACUGUAGGAGAGAGUUCAACACAUUUUGUACUUAUGUUAAGGAGAAGUGUGUCAUGUUAAGAGAAGAAAAACACAAGACAACAGAUUUACGCCCACCUCCAAUUCCAUACUCCUACCAGACCCCCAAAGGACAAGAUAUAGAUCUGAGACUAUUUAAUAAAGAUCUGAUGAACAAGUGCUUACCCAUUCUACAAACUGUGUUGGAGGAUCAGUCUAAAGGCUGGUAUGUGGAGUACAGGCAGAGACUAGUCAGGGAACUGAAAGAAAAAGGUCUUACAAGUGAGGUGAUUUCAGAGCGAGUCACACGGGCAAUCAUGGAGGAAUAUGUGAAGCGGGUAUUCCAGGCUGUUCUGACCAACAGUGAGCUGGAGGAUAGGCAGAAGGGCAUUGGUCGACUGCUGGUGAACCAGGCCAAAUCUGUCAUUGCGAUGGAGGAGGCGGCCAAAAAUGUCAACCUUAAGAUGAAGAAACACAAAGAUGAGCUCAUCGUCCACCUGAAGAAGUCGUAUCCCGUGAUGUCACGUAUCACAGCGUGGAUGAAUGAACAGCUACGCACAUUUGAGGAGGAGUUCAUCAAUCAGAACCUGUGGUCGGCUCAUGAAGCCGCUAUCAGCAUCUGUGAGGAGGAAAACCUAGAACAAACUAUUUACUUCCUCAAGAGAGACCUGGCUUUCAUCAAAGAGAGGGAACCUAUUUUGAAGAAGGAGUUUGGAAAAGUGAAAAUCCCAAAUAGAGUGUUUACAUUUUCCACGCGGAUCUGGUUUCCUCGGAAUUGGAUAGUCCUUCGUCACUACCGUGGGGAAACAGAGAUCAUGCCCACAUUUCUGACGAGUAAGCCUGCCAUGGGCUCCCCUACACGAACUAGUCCCAGGGAAGAAAGUUACACAGUGGAGAAGAACCAGCACCGAAAAACGACCACGCGCUAUCCGUUCUGGAGGUGGUGGAAUUACAGCCACCGCACCUGGGCGUGGACCUGGAACGUCAUGUUCUGGCUCGGGGUGGUUGUUCCAUGGUGUAGUCCAGUGAGUCUGCGGGCUCUUGUUUUUGUCAAGCCAUUUAUGCCAGACUACAGGCUCAGCCAAACAGAUGGGGCGUUGUACCCAUCUCAGUCAUCGCUCACACAUACUCUAGUGUCUCGUCUUCGUGCUCUCUGGAAUGAUGUACAUGUGUCACGAUCAAAGUUCGAAGAAGAACCAGAUACAGGGUUCCUGGGGAAGUCAUUCACACGUCACCUUAACCGAUUGUGGAACUAUGUUAUAAAAGGCGCCCUGGGUAGUGUACUCUUAGUGACAGUCUUCCCAGUGCUCUGUGUGUGUGUCUCGCUGGGAUCAUUCAUCAUUGCUGCAUUAUCUCCCCUUUGGGUCCCGGUCAUCACUCUAGUUGCUCAUGUUGGGUUUUUCUUGUUCUAUGAUGUGGAUGCUCCAGAGGAAGAAGGCAAUGCAUUUACAAUUCUGUUGGAGGCUGUGCUGUUUAGGAUAGUGUUACAGGGAUGUCUACAACCUGUGGCAGCUCUGAUUGUGGGUCUUGUCUGUUGUCCGCUGGCAGCAUUGUUUGUUAGUCUUUUUGCUGUGUUACGGCGCGGCGGCCGUGGGUUGUGGGAUACAGUCAUGUUCCAUGCUGUCAUCAAGAAACGAGGCCGUGUUCCUUCCUCUAAUGGCUUUGUGGCACGACGAAUUGCAGGACCAGGACUGGCCUCAAACUACUUCUUUCAUAUGAAUCCAGAACAGGCUUUAGCAGCUCUAGAGGCCAGGAUGGAGUUGGAUGAAUUACAGGCCUGGGAGGUUAAUACUCUGAAAGUCCUGGAGCAGCCAGUUCAAGAAUUCAGGGAAUUUACUCUGAAGUGUUUCCAACCAUUUUCUGCCAGUGUAGAAGAGGAAGGAGUUUAUAAUCUUCUGGAGGAGACUCAUCAGUAUGAAGAAGAGCUCAAAUCCAAAGUCAAAAAACGUGCAAUGAGGCUCAACACAGGGGUGACUCUUAAUUUACGACCCAGGGUUAAACUACCAGAAAAAGAGCUGAAGAUGGUGGUAUCCUCAGCUGCUAAGCUUCUGGAGGCAUUUUACCCUGUUCAUAUUUUGAGCAGACUACCUGGGACAGAGGCAGAGUUCUGGGAGAAACAACAGCUAGAAGCUAAAGACUGGAAAGGAUUAGCCUGUAAACUAUUCAUGGAGAUAUUUUCCAACUCGUUUUUGGUGCCACUGGAAGAGACUGACAACCACUUUGAACUGAAGGUGGAACAUCUGAAUUUAGGCCGUUACUUGCACAUGUUAGAGAGUGGAGAAUAUCAUGAUGACCUGGAUAGUGUGAUAGCUGUUCAUAGGCCUUCAGGUGACAUUUCAGUGGCUGCCCCUUAUCUAGAUGAGUCUAUUUUCAACCCUAGCCAAAGGAAAGGUGACCAUACAAGUAACAGAGCCCUGAGACGCCGCCUUCACCCAUGGAAACCAGUGAGAAAUGAACUGAGAUGUCAAAGACUAGAGAUACCUCUCCCAGUACCCCAUCCUGCCAGUAUAGCCGUGUCCAUAUACAACAGGGAACAUGACAGGGAUCCAAUCAAGUUUGAGGAUGUGUAUUGUCAGAGGAUCAUCAGGGCCACUAAGGAGGUACCCUACGUUGAUAUCGGCGACCCGAUAGAGCUGUCAGAGCAGGAACCAAGCACACCAGACAACACCUCCGAACCUGUUGACGUCAUCACACACCUGGCAGAGCAAGAACGGUCAUUUUCGGAUGAAAGCGUCGCACGAAGUUCACCACGACUACAGGAGAGGGCACACAGGCAGGUUGCUGUAGCGGAGGAGAGUAAAGAGAAUAGGGGUAGAAGUGAUAAAGAAGAAAAGGUUGUGUAUUCUGAACAGGAAAUGGACAAUCGUUGUGUGGCAAUGACUGAUGAUACACUCGAGGACCCAGGGGCUAAUGACAAGAGCAUGUGGUAAAGCUCACCUGUGGUUGUGGGUGUAGGGCCCUGUGGAGGUCUGGCAGGAGCAUGAACUCCAACAUUAAACAUCUGUACCAAUGCAUGCUUGGCUGACAUGUAUCUCACAGUCUCUGCAAUAGAGUUUGAGAUGGUCAUACGUCUACAAGAUACUGUAUGCUUUUCUGAUGCUUUCUGUGGCUCAGCAGCUGUCUGACAGAAGACUGCAGGUUUAAGCUAACCAUGAAUAGACUUUGAGUGUUUUCUUCAUGUGAUUUCUAGAUUGUAUCUCUGUCUUGUACCUGUAAAUAUUGAAGCAGAGAUAUUAAUGUAAUGCACAAUAUGUUCAGCUUUGUGUAAGGUUUUCUUUUUUGACGACAGGCACUAACUAUGUCAGGAAAAUGUCAAGCCUCAUAUAACUUACUCGAGUGUUUAUAGUACUGUGAUUGUAAUUGCUACGUUGUCUUCUCUAAUUACAGAGCAUCAUUUCAUUUUAAGAUAGGCAUUGAACGUUAUGAUCGAUUGUCAUUUACCUUGGUUACAAUUACUCAAGCAAAACUUUUGUGAACAUCAUAAUAUAAUUUACAUAUAGUCAUAUGUGCCAAUCCAUUCACCAGAAUACCUGGAGAAGUUAUGGUCAAAUUUCUAGUGUGUAAAGAAAUAUGCAUUAUAUUUCAUUGAAAUCCCUUUAUGUCAACAGUGCAAAGCAUUGUCUUUUAAUAAACAUGUCACAGUUAAUGUUUUUACUGAAACUUCAUCUAGUCAAUGAUCUGGCUUGAAUGUAGAAAAUGUCACUAUUAUUAAUUAAUUUUUGUACAUUAUGGUUUUAUAUUCACACUUUAAAUCUGAAAAUCUUGUUUAAUUGAUUUAUUUGACAUGUUUACAGCUUUUGUUGUCUAGUACACAUACUUUAGCCAGGAUUGACUUCAUGCUGGCAGGUCAAAAAUACAAACAAUGUCUGGUACUCUCCAAGUGAAGAACUGCAUGUCAACACCUCUUGUAUAUGUUUUAUUAUUAAUUCUUGAAAAUAAACAACAAUCCAUCAAGUUGGCUUGUAUAAAUACGUUGAGAAGCUACAGGUUCUUAAAAAAAAUUCUCAGUUUGUUUUUCAGAGAAUACAAACUGUAAACAAGUUGCAGAGACAUGAUCCAAAUAAAUUGUUGAGAAUAAUCUGCAGGCAUUCUUAUUAAAAUGGUUAUUACCAGUGAUUGGUCGACAUUAAUGAACCUGGCCUCAUAGGUUAACAUCUCUUAUACCAAUAGGCAAAUACAUGUAGGUGUAUCCUACCAGAACUCUUCUCAUGUAUAGGACAGAUAUUAGUAGUGCUGAAAGCAAGGAAAUACAGUUCUCUCUCUGUUUUUUUUGGAAAAGUAAAAAUAUGUAUAUGUUGUUCAUUAGAUGAACUCACCUUGGGAGAAAAGAGAAAUAUUCCUGCUACAUUCACAUGUAUACGUCUCAACAAUUUAAAGAAUUAGGGUAGUUAGAGAUUGGUCAUCACAUAGUGUAGUCCAGACAUUUGACAUAUAUGUGUUCGCUGUGUAUUGCUUCCAAAGCUCAUGUAAGUUCUUCCCAAACCUGGUCAUAUUCACCUUUCUGUACAUGUAGAAUUACAUGUAUUUCGAAUGAAGCAUGAAGACAACUUGUCAGCUGUACUGUUAGUGUUAGAACAUUGUUGUACAUGAGGCAUGUAUAGUCUUUUUGUUUUGAACUGAGGAAAGGUCAGUAUAAUAUAUAGUUUUGUAAAGGCAUCAGUAUUCCUCUUACUUGUGUACAUGUUUUUAGUGCUGAUGCCACAGAUCUGAAUUUUCCAUGGCAUAUUUCUCUGAAACCAAUUCAUGUAUUACUUAAUUAAGCAUUAUUUAUUGAUGGUUUGAGAUUACACAUUUUAGGGCAGCCAGCUAUGUGGCAUAAAGAUUCAGUUUUAUUGGAUAUGUGUACUUUAGUGAUAUUUUAGUGCUCAUUUUAUUAUUCAGUUUCAUGUGUUUACUUAAGCAGUUUUUCUUUGUUCUAUGCAAGUGUUUCCAAAAACAUGACCGCUUCUUAGUUACGUAUUUAGUUUCAUUCAUUGUAUUGUUUUGAAGUGUAGAUAUACAUGCAUAUGUAUACAUGUGUGUAUUAUACCCCACAUGUUGAUGAACAGAUAUAUAAAGGAAUAAGAAUAUCAUCUCUAUUUAAGAUCAGUUUCUUCAAAAUGUAUUAAUUAUUUUUCUGUUUUGGUUUAACAUGUACAGGUUAAUGUCAUGUGAACAAUGUACAUUGAAUAAAAGGAUUUUAUAGUCAAUGGUCCAUGCUGAUUUCUGUUGGGUUAUCAGUUAUGAAUAAGAUUGAUUGAAAUAAAUUGGACUUUUUGCAAUAUUAGACAGGUAGGUUCUGUAUAAUAACAAUUAAUCGUUGCCCUGUUCUUUGCAGGAGGGCAUCACCAUAAUCCGUCUAGGCAUCAGCUUUUUUUUUUUAUUGUGUUUAUUUUAAGAUCAUGAAUGCGUAUUACUCUGACCACACUUCAUUUCAGUGACAUAUUAGUCGGAUUCAGAGUUUUUGCCAUAUCUUUUUUGCUCAAUAAUCCUUCCAACACUAAAGUCACCAACUAGGAUAAAUUGUUGGUUUAUUAUAGGUCCUAGUCUUUUAACAUUUAUAUAUGAGUAUGUCAUACCUCUGUUUUAAUUAUUUUUUGUUGGCCUAUCUUUAUGAUAUUAUGACUACUCCAAAGUGUUGAAUUCUUAUUAUUUGUAUGUCCUUGCCAUCUUCUUCAGUCAUUAACAACAAAGUCUAUUAAAUUUUGUUAAAACUCCUAUUUUAGUUGAUCUUUUUUUCCUGCGAAGUUGUAAUAUGUGAAUAAGGUGCAUGUAUUACAAUGUAUUAUGUAGAUACAGGUAGUUUUAUAGUAAGCCAAAAAGAUAUAAUGAUUGUAUUGUUGAGAUUUUUGUAUGUAUAUAUGUGUGUGUCAACUCAAAUUGAUGUGGUUGAAUUUUUAAGAAAAUCUACUUAAAUACUCAGAAUAUUGAAUUGAAUUUCUUGUCAUUUAUACUGCAAAUGGCAUAGGAAUUCAGAUUUUGGAGGGGAAAGCUUGUUGCCUUCCCUUGCACCUCAUGCCUUGACUACUAUAGAUGUUUUGAUGAAGGUGAUCUUGUUCAGUGAUACAAGUGGUUGUGCUGUAGUUAGCUCAUUAGUUGUUAUGCUUGUUUGGCUGAAUAUUUUGAUACUGCAUCUGAUCCUCUUUUAUGAAAUAAAAAUCCAU